AUGGGUUGCUUUGGAUUCGUUUCAGGUUUUGCAGAUGGUAUGGUUUCGUCGCACGCGGUACGAUUUUCUUGCUUUGUCUGGCAUGGAGGUGGCGUAUAUGGUGAUAGGUCUGAGGUUUUUUGGAAUGUUGCAGAGUUGGAGCUGUUGUUUUUUAAAAUGGUGUUUAUCGUACAAAACAACUAUUUCGCUUGGUGUCGUUGUGAAGGUGUAUUGGUAUAG